UAUCGCGCUGCCAAAACAAAACUUGAGAGAUUCUUAUUGACAUCUCUCAGACACUCCUCCCACACCAGCACAUCUCCAAACGACCUGCAACACCAUGGCUUUGGAUUUGCAGACUGUUGCGCAGCUUCUCCAGGCCACUCUCGACCCACAACAGCACAAACAAGGUACUUUGCUUCAGCCAGCCCUUCGCUUUUUCCCUUCGUGGUUGUGUUUGCUAAUUUUGGAUAGCUGAGAUUGCCCUCAAACAGGAGCAGGAGAAACCCAACUUCUCAAUACUUCUUCUCCAAAUUCUAGCUACCGAAGCCCUUCCCCUCAACACACGACUUUCAGGCGCCUUGUGCUUCAAGAAUUUUAUCAAAUUCAACUGGGUGGUAAGCUCCAUCCACUCCUAAGUAGCCCCGCGGUCCCGACUAAACCACAUACAUAGGAUGAAGAUGGAACAUAUAAGCUCCCAGAAAAUGAGGUUGCAACUAUCAAGAAUCAGUUGAUUGGUUUAAUGACCUCGGUGCCUGCGAGUAUACAGUCGCAACUGGGAGAGUCGAUUAGCAUUAUCGCAGAUUCUGAUUUCUGGGAGAGAUGGGAUACUCUGGUUGAUGUGAGUGAAGAGGAUCCUCUGGAAGGCAGAAUUACAUACUGAUUAUGGAUCAGGAUCUGAUCUCACGUCUCACAUCUGAUAAUGCAAAAGUCAACCUUGGUGUAUUGGAAGUUGCCCAUUCAAUCUUCAAGCGGUGGAGACCUCUCUUUGCGUCAGAUGAUUUAUACACUGAAAUCAACCAUGUGCUGAACAAAUUUGGGCAGCCAUUUGUGGAGCUAUUGGCGGUAGGCUAUCUUGGACACGUCCUCUUUCGUUGCACUGACAUGCCUUACAGAACACUGAUCGGCAAAUUGAGGCAAACAAGAAUAAUAAGGAUGUCUUGAAGCAGCAUGUUGAAGUCCUUAAUCUCCUGGUAAAGUUAUUCUACGAUCUUUCUUGCCAGGACCUCCCUCCGAUCUUCGAAGAAAAUCUUGCCCCGGUCACCGGUCUUCUACAUAAACACUUGACUUAUGACAACCCUCUACUCGCGACCGACGACGAUGCAGAGUCCGGACCUCUGGAAUUUGUGAAAGCAGGGAUAGCGGAGGCCAUGACUCUUUACAUGCAAAAAUACGAAGACGCAUUCGGAGAACUGUGCCAGCCUUUCAUUACAAGCACUUGGACCUUGUUGACAACUAUCGGUCCAGAAACUAAAUUUGACAUUCUUGUCAGCAAAGCCCUCCACUUUUUGACCGCUGUCGCUAGUAUCGGUGCACAUGCACAGAAUUUCAACAACCCAGAAAUCCUCGGGCAGGUGGUGGAAAAAGUUAUCCUUCCAAAUGUCAGCCUGAGAGAAUCGGACAUUGAACAAUUUGAAGACGAGCCAAUUGAAUAUAUUAGACGAGACCUCGAGGGAUCCGAUACGGACACACGACGAAGAGCAGCCACCGAUUUUCUUCGAAAGCUUCUCGAGAAUUUUGAAGAGUUGGUCACAGGAGUUGUGUCGCAGUACAUUCAACACUAUCUCGAUGCGUUCAAGAAAAACCCCGGCGAUGAAUGGAAGUCGAAAGACACCGCGAUUUACUUGUUCUCGGCAAUUGCUGCCAAAGGAGCUGCUACAACCAAUCAAGGCAUCAAAACUAUAAACUCGAGAGUCGAUGUUCUCGAUUUCUUUGAGAAAAACGUGGCUCAGGAUCUCAUGGCCAGUAGUGGUGUGGAACCAAUUAUCAAAGUUGACGCUAUCAAGUUCCUUUACACUUUCCGUCGACAAUUGACAAAAGCACAGUGGGUUUCAGCGUUCCAACCACUCGUCCAGAAUCUAGCCUCUUCGAAUUAUGUGGUGUAUACCUACGCGUCGAUUGCUGUGGAAAGAGUUCUAUUUCUUACAGAUGAUUCCGGCAAGCACAUUUUUGGAAGAGAUGAUGUUGUGCCAUUCGCCAAGGACCUCUUAGAGCACUUAUUUCAAUUAAUAGAGAGAGAUCCGGCCCCAGAGAAGCUCCAGGAGAACGAAUUCUUGAUGCGCUGCGUUAUGAGAGUUUUAAUCGUCAUCAAGGAAAGUGUGGUCCCGAUGAGCGACAAUCUGCUCCAGCACUUAAUCCAUAUCACCCACAUUAUUGGCAAGAACCCAAGUAACCCACGGUUCUACUACUACCACUUCGAGACGCUAGGGGCUCUUGUCAGAUUUGCUGGACCAUCUCAACCCGAAAAGUUUGAAGCUGACCUGUAUGAGCCUUUUGCUCGUAUAUUAACUGAGGAUGUCCAAGGUUGGAUUUAGCACAUUAGUAUAAUGUCUUAAGCUAACUUGUGCGUCAGAAUUUAUGCCUUACGUCUUUCAAUUAUUUGCAGCACUCCUUGAAUCACGGCCACAGGGAUCCUUGUCUCCUUAUUACCAAGCACUAGCGUCCUCUGUUCUUAUUCCAAUCACUUGGGAUAACAGAGGCAGCGUACCAGCAUUAGCGCGACUGCUGUCCUCCAUAAUUCCCAGAAGUGCUGGGGAUAUUGUGUCAAACAAUCAGUUGGAACCAAUCCUUGGCAUUUUCCAAAAGCUCAUGUCGAAGAAACAGACUGAGCUAUAUUCUUUUGACAUCCUAGAAGCUCUAGUCACCUCUGUUGAUGUGUAAGUCUUGCUUAAAGCAUUUAUUUAGCUUAACCUAUUCUUCGCCUAAUGGAGUGUGGCGCUAACAUGACUUACAGUGCCGCGUUCCAACAAUACUUUCCCACGGUUCUCACUCUAAUUUACACACGCCUCAACAGCAAUCCUCCGCCACCGGAAAAAUUUAAGCAGCGGUUCGUGAGAUUUUACCACCUCAUUGCGUCUCACUAUGAGAUUGGUCUUGGGGUUGAUUUCUUCGUCGCCAAUACCAAUGCUAUUCAAGAGAAGAUCUUCGCUCCUAUAUACUUGACAAUAAUUCUACCAACAACCCAACAGCUAGCUCGUCCCCUCGAUCGAAAACUCGCCGUCGUAGGCCUCACCAAAGCACUAACAGAUUCGCAAGCCUUCGCCGUUACUUACUCCAAAUCAGGCUGGGCGAAGACGUGCGAGGCACUGCUAAAAAUCCUUGAAAACCCCCCUAUGCCUAUUACAGCGGAUGAUAUUGUGGUGGAAGUUGAUGUUGAUGAUUUGAGCUUCGGUGUCGGAUUUACACCACUGAACGCGUGCAAAAAGCAGCUCAAAGAUGAGUGGCCGGCAGUUACAGAUGUAAAGAGUUGGGUUGGAGAGUAUCUAAAGGCAGCAGAUGCACGACAUUCAGGGGCCAUCGGGGGUUUUGUGAACCAGCGGCUGCCAACCGAGGCGAAGGAUAUUUUGCUAUCCUACAUGCAAUGAGGAAUGAGGCUACGAAGGGACUUUUGUGAAGCGAUUGACGAAGGGGCGCAGGAAACAUGGAUGCACAUGUAAUCUUCUAGGGUCAAAAUAUUAAGCAAGGUGAGCGAGAAUAUUCGGAGUAUUGCAAUUGGGAUUUGUCGUCGAGGAGAAAAAAACCAGCAUUUAGAUAGUAUGACGACUCCUCUUUUUCAGGUAGCAGCAAAAAUUCCCCAUGAUUAUUUAGAAUUCAGACAUCAGAACUUUUCUCUCUAUAAUGACUUGUUUGUCCUCGGCGCUCGUGUUCUUAGUAGAGAAUAAUCCUGAUGGGCGAUAGUUAAAUAGAAG